AAGCCUACAAGCCCCGCAGCCCAACAGCAGUCGGCAGUAGCGACGUUGCCCUAAAAUUCAAACCCUCUCUCCGUCUCUCUCUCUCUCAAGUCUGAAGGUAGUGUAAUGGGGAGCUACCAAAACGGCGUCGGGGGCGGGGAACGGAGCGCCCCGGGGGUGGACAAGGGCGUGGAUUUCGCGCAGUAUUUCUGCACCUACGCGUUUCUGUACCACCAGAAGGAGAUGCUCUCUGACCGAGUCCGCAUGGACGCUUACUACAACGCCAUCUUCCAAAACAAGCAUCACUUCCAGGGAAAGGCCGUGUUGGAUGUGGGAACUGGGAGUGGCAUUCUCGCAAUUUGGUCAGCACAAGCAGGUGCGAGGAAAGUCUAUGCAGUCGAAGCAACUAAGAUGUCAGAGCACGCACGUGCGCUUGUAAAAGCAAAUAACAUGGAAGAUGUGGUGGAAGUGAUUGAGGGUUCUAUGGAGGACGUUACUCUGCCAGAGAAAGUUGAUGUGAUUAUCUCGGAGUGGAUGGGGUACUUUCUUCUGCGUGAAUCUAUGUUUGAUUCAGUGAUAUGUGCACGUGACCGCUGGCUGAAGCCAACGGGAAGCAUGUAUCCUAGUCAUGCCCGCAUGUGGAUGGCACCUAUCAGGUCUGGAUUGGCAGAGCAAAAAAUAAGUGACUAUGAGGAAGCCAUGGAUGAUUGGUACCAUUUUACAAAUGAGACAAAAACUUACUAUGGUGUUGAUAUGAGUGUUCUUGCAAAGCCUUUCUCUGAGGAGCAGAAGAAAUACUAUCUUCAGACAUCAUUGUGGAACAACCUUCAUCCACAACAAGUUAUAGGGACGGCUGCUGUUGUAAAGGAGAUUGAUUGUUUAACUGCCACUGUGAAUGACAUCCUUAAACUCGGGUCAAAUUUUUCGUCAUCAAUAACUUCGGAGAACACGAGGCUCUGCGGGUUUGCAGGAUGGUUCGAUGUUCAUUUUAGAGGAAGGAGUGAGGACCCAGCUCAGCAGGAGAUCGAGUUGACAACUGGUCCUAGCAUUAAUAAUGGGACACAUUGGGGCCAACAGGUAUUCCUCUUGCAUCCUCCAAUUCGUGUCAGUGAAGGGGAUGACUUAAAUGUUUCUUUCUUGAUGAAUCGCUCGGAGGAAAAUCAUAGACUCAUGGAGGUUGACCUGGGCUGUGAGAUCAAACAGAAUACUGGCAACCUGCUUCCAGCUUUCAAGAAGAAGUUCUUCAUAGAGUGAGAAGAAGAUAGAUCACAUAUCUUUAACUGAACAUUAGCAAAGAUGAACUUGGAUGGCAAUCUUUUUGGAUGUUUUGUUCUUCUUCAUAAAGAAAUGAAGUUAGUGAGUGGUCCUGUGACUACAAUAUUUUGCUACUUUUCAGUGUCUGGAUGCAAUGAACAUGCCCACCAGUAUGUUCUACUGCUGUCUGGAUUCCCAGAUAUGUGGCUGGUUCUACAAAUCUAUCCGAGUUCCUGGUGGAGUUUUUCAGCCAUUUUUAUCACUUGAAUGUUCUUUUUUGAUAUAAUGAUGUGUUCCUAAUGACAACUAUGCCGACUUCAUCAGGAUUUUCUCCCUACAGCAUUUUAUAUCUAAGCCUAAAAUCCCUUUUUUUUU